GCACAUCCGCUCGCGCGCAAAGUGGCCGAGUCGACCUUGUCAGUGCGAUGCGUUGUUUGCUUCCCUUCGCGUGCGCGGGCGUCGCCGCUGGGUUGCUCCUCGGCGGCGCGGACAAUCUGACCGCGGCGCAAUUGUUCCCGCGGGGCCAGAGCCCAACGGACGAGGCAAGCGCGAUCGAGGAAAGUUUCCGCAUCGCGUACGGUCAUUUCGAGAAAAGCUUCGACCGGAAGGCGCGCAGCGGUCUUCUGCGUCAGCUGAAAGAAGGGGAGGCAAUGUACCGAGCAGCGCACGCACUCGCGGCAUACGCGGCGGGCCCUAGCAGGCCGCGAGCGCCAGCGCCGGCAGUCGCGACAGGGGGGCGCGCCCUCCGCGCGCAACGGGGUCUCGGCUAUGACCGCGGCGCGGACCGGAAGGCCCCACUGCGACAAGGGCGUCGUCGGCGAUGAGUAUUAUCGUCGCGCCGAUCGCGUGACGGAGGUCGCAGCUUUCCCGGGCGGUGCCGUGGAUCAGCUCUUCGGCGUCGAUGCGUCGAAGAGCGCUUACGACCUCGUCGAACAAGCGCAGGGCCCCGCUGCUGCAGGGCUGCUCCAGCCAAUGGCGCUAGCGUCGCAAGGUCUUGGCUUGGGCGGCGGCCUUCUCCAGGCCGCGAUCGCCGCCAUCAUUCACGCGGUGCCGCCUCUGGUCCCGCCGCCAAUCUGGAACAAUCAACCGCUGCCGUGCGCGCCGAUGGUCACAGGCCACACUUGUUUCGGUGCCGUCCUGUACCCGAUCACCAUGGCCGACUUCGUGCUUGCAGACGUCACGGAUUCCGCCCUGGACGGCAUCAUUGCUGGCUUCCCCGCCGCUUACGCGGAAAAGGUGGGGAAGACGGGCGACGCGAUGUAUAGAGCGUGCUUCUCGGCGUUCAUGAGCAUGCAGUGUUCUUCUAUAUUUCCCCGAUGCACAGUGCCGCAGUCGGGCGAAGAGCCCAUCGCCGCGGGCGGCCGGGCACCAAUGUGCCUCCACCUCUGCAUCCUGCCGCUGAUCACGUGCCCUGGGUUUUGGAUCAGCGACGUCGCUGGCCCGUGCUCGAUGGUGUCUGUGCCGCCCGUGUGUGCGCAAGCGUUUUAUUGGAACACGCAUCGAUUGCCUCCGCAGUAUUCAAGUUUCGACGAGGCGAACCCGUUCCCGAGCGAUUGCCCUGUUCCCGACCAUGGGCCAGGAGGCAUGGACUCCGCGGAGGACCCAGCGUCGUACGACGACGCCCCGACCCCUGGGGUCCCGAUCUUGGGGAGCGAUGAGCCCGCCGACGAGAGCCCGCUCCGUUAGGCCACGCCGGGCCGGGUUGUCUGCGAUUCACCGGCCAGCGCCGGCACCGCGCAGAAUUCGCGGAGCUCGCUGAGCGUUCGGG